AUGCAGACUAUUAAGACGGUGGAGACCCAGGUACCCUUUCUAAGGGAGAGCUUCUUCACCACCACUUUCAAAGACAGGAGGAAGAGUAGUGUGACCAACCUCCUUCGUAGGCAGCAGCAAUCACUCCUCCAACAACAACAACAACAUCAGCAACAACAACAAUACAUUUUACAGGAAGGAGAAAAGCAACUGCAUUCUCAACUUUCUCCCUGUAGGGGGGAGGGGCUGCCCACGCCAUCGCAUCCUCGUCUGGCUCGCUCGACCAGCAGCCCAUUGUGUGAGACAUCGGAGCACGUGGCGACAGAUGGGGGGAGGGGGGAGGGGCAGCAGCAAGACAGGGAGGGGAAACACAGAGUGAGAGAGACUGAGCAGGGGAAGGAGGGUGAGCGAAUGGUGAGUGGUAGUGAGCCCAUAGCUGCCGGUGCCAGCCCCCUCCCAUCAGCAGCAUCAGCAGCAUCAGCAAAGGCAGCAUCAUCCUCACAGCCGUCUCUGACACCAGUGAGUAGGCAGCAGGGAUUAGUAGGCAGCUCCAACCAGGGCCUGACCGGCAGAGCAGCAGUCGACGUCCAGGGGGAAGAGCAGCACACCCAUCCUCAACCCCAGCAGCAUGGCCUGAUCGCCAAGGGGGUCCGCCUGCUGAGGAACAUGGGGAACCAGGAAACUAAGCAGAAGAAAGGGGGAGGUGGAGGCGGAGGAGGGGGACUGGAUGUUUCCUAUGAUGGGUCCACCAACAGGGAAGCUGACAAGAAAUCCAACAGGAGCAAGAGUAAAGCAAGCAAAGGGGUAGAGGACAACGGCUCGAAGAAGAAACCAAAAUCUGAGUCAAAGAGUUCGGUAUUUUCAAGCAUGAGAAUCAGGAAGAGUCUGUCGAAGGCAAAAGGAUUGUCCAAUGAGGACAUCUUGGAAGGUGGAAGACCAGCCUCAACUGAUGUGUUAAGGCUCGGCACCAAUAUGGAGGCAAGCCUGUCAGCCUCAGAGAUAGGUAUGAUGUCAGACAGUGAGGAGGGCCAAGGUCAUGUGAGCAGAGAUGGCUAUCAGUCCAUGAUGGACAAAGAUGGCAGGAAGACAAGCUCGGGGUCAGACGCUGACAUCUACAGUUUCCACUCAGCGGUGGCUGAAGAUGAGGACCUGCUGUCUGAUAUCCAGCAGGCCAUCCAAGAGCAACAUGGUGCUGGCAAUGGUGUCCUAGAGAGGGUCAGUGCUUCGCUGAGCAGAGAAUCAACCUCUGAAUUGAUUAAACAUGAGGCUCCUGACAUAAAUAAAUUAGGAACAGAAAGACAUGCCAAAUCCUUAUCGAGGAAUUCAUCUGAACAAGGCUCUUCAAGUGAGAGUGGUCCAUCAUCAUCAGCUCCAGAUACAGAGAGAAGCAGCGGCAGCCACCUUCCAAAAACCAACAGCACCUACAGCUUCCCUGACACUACCCCAACCACCACCUCCUAUGAGAGUGCCGAGGAGCCACAGGAUGAGCUGGAGAGUCCAGUUUCACCCUCCCGGCUGAGUCCUGCUAAUGGGACUACAAAGAGUAAAGUCCUGUGCAUACCAUUUAUCAGUUUAGACCCUGCAGAAACAGGGCCAGUGGGGUCACACAAUUAUGUGAGCAGUACGGAUCUGUCCACACAGAGGGAGGAAGAGGAGCAAGGUGGGACACUGAAGAGGAGAAUGAGUACCCUGUCCUUUAGCCAGUUGAUGUCAGAGACUUCCAAGCCAUCUUCCCCGAGAAGAACAUCCUCCACCGUUUCCUCCACUGUCAAAGUCUACCCUCCUAUCCAUCCCUCAUAUGUUAAGACCACCACCAGGCAGCUCACCUCACCAGUUGGCUCCCCUUUAACAAGCCCACAGGUCCCCAGGAAAAUCAAAGGAGUAGCUGAUUCAGAAUUUAGCAGAGGGUCCCGUGAAUCCCAGCAAUCGAGGAAUUGCAGGCAGAGAUCCUGCUCCAUUGCUGGGCCUCUCAGCCUCUCUGCUGACUGGACCAAAGACCUGGACGACCUGAGAUUCAGACAGGAUGCUGGGGGCAGGUUGAAAGAGCAGGGGGCAUCAGAGAAAGGGUACAAAGGUGGGUCUUACUGGACACUGGGAUCCAGGAGAUCACACUCUGGCCGCCAGACCGCCAGUGCCACACUACCUAAUCUGGAUGUCUUUUCUGGAAACACUCUGUUAGAGAGGUUGAGUGAGCAGGACAAAGAGGAGUAUUCAGAAGAGGAGGCCAGGGAGCUAUGCUGUCGUAUGUUGGCCCUGGGUGUCCUACAACCCUUUGGAGACAACCUGAGAGAGUCACAAGGAAUCAUCUUUGCUGAGGAACAGCUGUAUACAUGGGCCUCUUUAGGCCUGCAGGUGCCAACCCACCUAUGGGAACUCUAUGGGGGGCGAACCACUGGCAGAUUACAGGCUGCGUGGCCCCCUCCAAAGCAAAGUUUAACCAGCGCACCUAAAGGACACCACUCUCAGGCAGAUUCAAGCCUGUUAAAGUCAGCUCAGUCAUCUUCGGAGGAGGAAGAGUGUCUCAUCCCCCAGCUUGAGAGGACCAUCAAUGCCUUGCAGAUUAAGAUCGCAGUGCUGCAGGGCCAACAAGCCUCAAUGGCAAAGGACAGGGAGGAUAAUGUAGAACUUCCUGCUACCACCACCCACCAGUCCUCCAACACAAGAGGCAGGAGGUCAAAAAAUUCAAGCCAGGAGAUCGCCGUCCAGACAUCACCCUUGGAAGAGGGGUUUAAGUUUGAAGUGCCUUCUAGCAAGGGCUUGGCAAGCGUCUCAUCCCCUGCCUCCCUUCCGGCCUCCCUGUCAACUCCCAACUCUACACUUCCCAGACCUGCAGGUGGCUUCGUCUGCACCUGCCAGCAGAGGCAGCAGCAAAGCAAUGUCCAGCCUCCUCCUCCCCCUCCACCAGCACCCAAGUUCUCUGGAGGGAUACCCCCAGUCCAACAACCACUAGCACCCCUGCCACCACCACCACCACCUUUACCAGGCGGUGCAAAACCCCCACCGCCCCCACCACCACCUUUGCCAGGGGGUGCAACAGCCCCACCACCCCCACCUCCCCCGCCCCCACCGCCAGGCUUUGGGCCGCCACCUCCUCCUCCCCCACCACCACCAGGUAUGGGCCCCCCUCUGCCACCGCCUCUCCCAGGUAUGGGUCCUCCCCCGCCACCCCCCUCCCCUGGCUUUGGACCCCCUCCUCCACCCCCUCCCCCUGGCUUUGGACCCCCUCCACCCCCAGGCCCUAUGCCCUCCGUGAUGGUCCAGGAGGCAGUCUCUGCCAAGGCUCUCAUAGAGCCACCCAAGCCCAUGAAGCCCCUCUACUGGACACGCAUACAACUGCAUGCUAAAAAGUACAGUGGGUCAUUAGUAUGGGAGAAGAUUGAGGAGCCAGCUGUGAACUUUGACGAGUUUGUGGAACUCUUCUCCAAAAGUGCUGUCAAAGAGAAGAAAAAGCCGAUAUCAGACACCAUCAGCAAGUCAAAGGCCAAACAGGUGGUGAAGCUGUUGAAUAAUAAGCGUUCCCAGGCUGUGGGAAUUCUGAUGUCCAGUAUUCAUCUUGAUAUGAAGGACAUCCAUAAUGCAAUCCUAAAUAUGGACAACACUGUUGUGGACCUGGAAACUCUGCAAGCCCUUUAUGAAAAUAGAGCCCAAGACGAUGAGCUGGAUAAGAUUGAAAAGCAAAUCAACUCAGCCAAAGACAAGGACGAUGCCAAGCCACUGGACAAACCUGAACAGUUCCUCUUCCAGUUGUCUCAAAUCCCCAACUUCUCUGAACGGGUUUUCUGCAUCCUUUUUCAGUGCACCUUCCACGAGUGCAUCUCCUCAGUCGUUCGUAAAUUAGAAAUCCUUCAGAGAGUUUGCAAGACUCUCCAAAAUGGGAAUUACGUGAUGCAGGUGCUGGGCCUGGUGUUGGCUUUUGGUAACUAUAUGAAUGGUGGGAAUCGAUCUCGAGGCCAAGCCGACGGUUUCACUUUGGACAUCCUCCCAAAACUCAAGGACGUUAAGAGCAGCGAUAACUCCCAGAGUCUUUUGUCCUACAUUGUUGCUUACUAUCUAAGGCACUUUGAUGAGGAUGCCGGUCGAGAGACCUGUGUCUACCCUCUCCCUGAGCCUCAGGACCUUUUCCAGGCCUCCCAGAUGAAGUUCGAGGACUUUCUUAGGGACCUCCGCAAACUGAGAAAAGACCUCAACGCAUGCUCGGCCGAGACACAGAAAGUGUGUAAGGUGUCCUCGGAAGAAAACUUGCAGCCCUUCAUGGACAAGAUGGACCAUUUUCUGAGCCAAGCCAAAACAGAGCUGGAGGCACAAGAGAAACAGCUGACGGACACACAAGCGAUCUUUGUGGAGUUGAGCGUGUUCUUCUCUGUCAAACCCAAGGCGGGCGAGAAGGAGGUUUCUCCAAAUACGUUCUUCUCCAUUUGGCACGAGUUCUCCACCGAUUUCAAAGAGCAGUGGAAGAAGGAGAACAAGCUGAUGUUACAGGAACGGGUCAAAAUGGCAGAAGAAUGCUUCAAACAGGCCAGGGAAAAGGCUUCAUACAACGUUAAACCAAAACACGCGACUGGAAUGAAAGCCAAGCUGGGUCAGAAGAUGUGA